AUGCUCUUCAGUUCGGUGCUCCGCCAGCCCCAGCUUGGCGUCCUAAGGAGUGAAUGGAUGGCUCACUGUAAUGCUGUCUUUGACCUGGCCUGGGUCCCUGGUGAAUUUAAACUUGUUACAGCAGCAGGUGAUCAAACAGCCAAAUUUUGGGACGUAAAAGCUGGUGAGCUGAUGGGAACAUGCAAAGGUCAUCAGUGCAGCCUCAAGUCGGUUGCCUUUUCUAAGUUUGAGAAAGCUCCCAAUAUGGAACAUAUACUAGCAGUUGCCAAUGAAGAAGGCUUUGUUAGAUUAUAUAACACAGAAUCACAAACUUGCAGAAAGAAGUGCUUCAAAGAUGGGUUUUACAGGCAAGUGAAUCAAAUCAGUGGAGCUCAUAAUACCUCAGACAAGCAAACCCCUUCAAAACCCAAGAAGAAACAGAAUUCAAAAGGACUUGCUCCUUCUGUGGAUUCCCAGCAGAGUGUUACUGUGGUCCUCUUUCAAGAUGAGAAUACAUUAGUCUCAGCAGGAGCUGUGGAUGGGAUAAUUAAAAUAUGGGAUCUGCGUAAGAAUUAUACUGCUUAUCGACAAGAACCCAUAGCAGCCAAGUCUUUCCUAUACCCAGGUAGCAGCACUCGAAAACUAGGAUACUCAAGUCUGAUUUUGGAUUCCACUGGCUCUACUUUAUUUGCCAAUUGCACAGAUGACAACAUCUACAUGUUCAAUAUGACUGGAUUGAAGACUUCUCCGGUGGCUAUCUUCAAUGGACACCAGAACUCUACUUUUUACAUAAAAUCCAGUCUUAGUCCAGAUGACCAGUUUUUAGUCAGUGGCUCAAGUGAUGAAGCUGCCUACAUCUGGAAGGUCUCCACACCCUGGCAUCCUCCUACUAUGCUACUGGGUCAUUCUCAAGAGGUCACCUCUGUAUGUUGGUGUCCAUCCGACUUCACAAAGAUUGCUACCUGUUCUGAUGACAAUACACUAAAAAUAUGGCGCUUGAAUAGAGGCAUAGAGGAAAAACCAGGAGAUAAACUUUCCACAGUGGGUUGGGCCUCUCAGAAGAAAAAAGAGGCAAGAGCCGGCCUAGUAACAGUAACGAGUAGCCAGAGUACUCCUGCCAAAGCCCCCAGGGUAAAGAGCAGUCCAUCCAUUUCUUCCCCAUCAUCCGCAGCUUGUACUCCAAGCUGUGCUGGAGACCUCCCUCUUCCUUCAAAUACUCCCACAUUCUCUAUUAAAACCCCUCCUGCCAAGGCCCGGUCUCCCAUCAGCAGAAGAGGCUCUGUCUCCUCUGUCUCUCCCAAGCCACCCUCAUCUUUCAAGAUGUCAAUUAAAAACUGGGUGACCCGAACACCUUCCUCAUCACCACCCAUCACUCCACCUGCUUCUGAGACCAAGAUCGCGUCUCCAAGAAAAGCCCUUAUUCCUGUGAGCCAGAAGUCAUCCCAAGCAGAGGCUUGCUCUGAGUCUAGAAAUAGAGUAAAGAGGAGGCUAGACUCAAGCUGUCUGGAGAGUGUGAAACAAAAGUGUGUGAAGAGUUGCAACUGUGUGACUGAGCUGGAUGGCCAAGUUGAAAAUCUUCAUUUGGAUCUGUGCUGUCUUGCUGGUAACCAGGAAGACCUUAGUAAGGACUCUCUAGGUCCUACCAAAUCAAGUAAGAUUGAAGGAGCUAGUACAAGUAUCUCAGAGCCUCCUUCUCCUAUCAGUCCUUAUACUUCAGAAAGCUGUGGAACUCUGCCUCUUCCUUUGAGACCUUGUGGAGAAGGGUCCGAAGUGGUAGGUAAAGAAAAUAGCUCCCCAGAAAAUAAAAACUGGUUGUUGGCCAUGGCAGCCAAACGGAAGGCUGAAAAUUCAUCUCCACGCAGUCCAUCCUCCCAGACACCCAAUUCCAGGAGACAGAGUGGAAAGUCGUCACCAGGCCCGCAUAACAUCCUGAAGGAAGAGGAAAUGCCCCAACUUUCCAACACAUCAGACAGAUUUCCUGGUGAACUUUCAUAA